AGGAUUCCGGACAACGCCUGGUUCCUCUCGGGUCCUUCCGGCGUCGCCGGAGUGAAUUGAUCCGGGAGUUGAAGAGGGCUCCAAAGGUGGGAAGUGAAGUCAGUGUCUCAGUUGCCGGUCAGUAUAUAUUUUGUGCCCUGUUCUUUUAUCACAAAAGAGAAAAGAAAUACUGCAGUGAAUGAAGAUUCCUCUGCAUUUUAGCACUGCUUUUUCUACUGUAGUUGGCUUUUGAAUGAGGAUGACAAUGGAAGAGAUGAAGAAUGAAGCUGAGACCACUUCCAUGGUUUCUAUGCCCCUCUAUGCAGUCAUGUAUCCUGUGUUUAAUGAGCUAGAACGAGUAAACCUGUCAGCAGCUCAGACACUGAGAGCAGCUUUCAUUAAGGCUGAAAAAGAAAAUCCAGGACUUACACAAGACAUCAUUAUGAAAAUUUUAGAGAAAAAAAGUGUAGAAGUUAACUUCACAGAGUCCCUUCUUCGAAUGGCAGCUGAUGAUGUAGAAGAGUAUAUGAUUGAACGACCAGAGCCAGAAUUCCAGGACCUAAAUGAAAAGGCACGAGCACUUAAGCAAAUUCUCAGUAAGAUCCCAGAUGAGAUCAAUGACAGAGUGAGGUUUCUGCAGACAAUCAAGGAUAUAGCUAGUGCAAUAAAAGAACUUCUUGAUACAGUGAAUAAUGUCUUCAAGAAGUAUCAAUACCAGAACCGCAGGGCACUUGAACACCAAAAGAAAGAAUUUGUAAAGUACUCCAAAAGCUUCAGUGAUACUCUGAAAACCUAUUUUAAAGAUGGCAAGGCAAUAAAUGUGUUCAUAAGUGCCAACCGACUAAUUCAUCAAACCAACUUGAUACUUCAGACCUUCAAAACUGUGGCCUGAAAGUUGUAUAUGUUAAGAGAUGUAUUUCUCAGUGGCAGUAUUGGACUGCCUUUAUCUGUAAAUUUUAAAGUUUGACUGUAUAAAUUAUCAGUCCCUCCUGAAGGGAUCUAAUCCAGGAUGUUGAAUGGGAUUAUUGCCAUCUUACACCAUAUUUUUGUAAAAUGUAGCUUAAUCAUAAUCUCACACGGAAGAUUUUGCAUCACUUUUGCUAUUAUCAUUCUUUUAAGAAUUAUAAGCCAAAAGAAUUUACGCCUUAAUGUGUCAUUAUAUAACAUUCCUUAAAAGAAUUGUAAAUAUUGGUGUUUGUUUGACAUUUUAACUUGAAAGCGAUAUGCUGCAAGAUAAUGUAUUUAACAAUAUUUGGUGGCAAAUAUUCAAUAAAUAGUUUACAUCUGUUAAACAUUUCUUUACUUGAAAAAAUACAUAUAUAUAUAUAUAUGAAUAUAUAUAUAUGAUCAGAAGACCAAGAUGACUUGGUGUAAUGUCUAAAGAACUAACGGGAGCUUACUAGCAGUUUAUCAGAUAAUAAAGCAACAAGAAUUCU